AAGAAGAAGAGCAGAAUAAACUUAACCAGUUGUUUUUGUUUGAGGUCAAAGUUCAACAGUCAUCAUGGCCGACGAAUCAGACAUGCGCAAUGAGCUGUCAGAUCUGCAGACACGCGCAGACCAAGUAGCCGAUGAGUCCCUGGAGAGCACUCGGCGUAUGCUGGCUCUGGUUGAGGAGAGUAAAGAUGCCGGCAUCAGGACUCUGGUCAUGUUGGAUGAGCAGGGAGAGCAACUUGAUCGUGUGGAAGAGGGCAUGAACAAGGUGAACGCAGACCUGAAGGAGGCCGAGAAAGAUUUAAAAGAUAUAGGAGUAUGCUGUGGUCUGAUAUGCCCAUGUAUUAAAAAGAUUAAGGGCGGGGGCCAGGCCUGGGGAGCGAACCAGGAUGGAGUGGUGAACAGCCAGCCGGGGGCUCGAGUGAUGGACGAACGUGAACAGAUGGCCAUCAGUGGGGGCUUCAUCCGCAGGGUAACAGAAGACGCCCGGGAGAACGAGAUGGAUGAGAACCUGGAGCAGGUGGGCGGAAUCAUUGGCAAUCUGCGUCACAUGGCCCUGGACAUGGGCCAGGAGAUCGACACCCAGAACCGCCAGAUCGACAGGAUCAUGGAUAAGGCCGAUUCUAACAAGACCAGGAUUGACGAGGCUAACCAGCGUGCUACAAAGAUGUUGGGCAGUGGCUAAACAGCAACGAGGAAAAAAAGUGCUUUCAACCCCCUUUAACCCCAAUCACCCUAAAGAAAACGACACCAACUAAA